UCGGAUACAAACAACCACAUUUAAUAUUUAUUUUAGCUGAAUAUUAACAGCAGUUUCAGUCGUAUAACGAAGCUGGUCAGACGCAUACCAACACUACCUACAUCGGGCGCGAUAAUUCGUAGAAAAUGAAAGUGACUUUCAGUUUAACGUUUGUUAUGUACGUGAUCGCUGUCAUAACGAGGAGCUGGUGCAGCGCAACCAACAUUACAGCACAAUACAGCUGGCUGGAGAACAAUGACAAAUACGACUGCAUAGUGGGAAUAUCUGUAGAUGGUAAACCAGUUUCCAUGGGUAUGAUUUUAUCAGAAAAUUUAAUAAUUACUUCUGCAAACCCAAUAGAAAGAGUAAAUGAUUUCAGAAGAAUUAAGAUACACACUAUUAACGGGGCAUUUAAUCGUCAAACAGAACGUUCCGUUUUCACUGUAACUAAAGACCAAGCGAAAAGAAUUACGGGAGGUCAUUGGAAGACAUUUGGUUUUGAUAAACGUCACGCACCGCAUCAUGACAUGGUACUGAUUUCACCUAGGCAAAACAUUAAACUAUAUAAAGGACCUCGCUCUCCAAUCCAAUGUACUUUUGCAAGUGCAAAAUUUGUCUCAUCUGGGAGGUUUUCUUACGUUGGUUUUGGUUUCAUUGACAAGCCUCACGUAAGACUUAACGUUGAACUAGAACUUGCAGAAUAUGGAUUCGAAGAAGUGUAUACAGACUGUAGUGAAUGGAUCCCAUUGAUUUGGGGGAACUUCAUCUGUUUGUUAAAUGUGGAACAUUUUGUUGGAGUCUCUUCCGGCGGUGGACUAUUCUAUAACGACUAUUUAGUGGGGGUCGGUUGUUUUGGAGUCAAAAAAGGAGAUGAGGGUAUAUUACUAUUUACUGACAUCAGAAAGUACCCCCGAAGUAUGCAAUAUUACUAUCUACCAGAACAAUUCCAAAAACCAGACACUUAACUAGCGCGACCACAACGAAAACAACUGCCAAAGGGUAGAACGACUUUAUGUAUAACUCCCUACUAUGAAUAUAAUGUAUAUUGUAAUAUAUUUACCAAUUAAUUUAUUAUCGUUAGAUUAUUU